AUGUGUUACCCCGUGUUUUUGCCGGACGAGCUGAGCCAGGCGACGCUGGAGGCGUCGGCACUGGGCGGCAGCGAGUACCGUCUGGCGCGCGGCCUGGCCGUGCCCACCGUGUCGCGGGAGGCGGGCGCGCCACCGCGCGAUGCCCUGCUCCGCUACCGCCGCCACCUGCGCGACAGCUUCCCGGCCGUGUUCGGCUCGGGGCGCGUCACCGUCGAGGCGGUGAACGAGCUGAGCCUGCUGCUGACGGUGGCCGGCAGCGAGCCCCACCUGACGCCCUACCUGCUGCUCUCGCACAUGGACGUAGUGCCGGCCGUCGAGGAGCACUGGAGCUGGCCGCCGUUCGCCGGCCUCGUCCAGGACGGCUACGUCAUGGGCCGCGGCGCCAUCGACGUCAAGCAGACGACGCACGCCAUCCUGGAGAGCCUGGAGCGGCGGCUGCUGGCCGGCGACCCGCCGCGUCGCUCCUUGCUCAUCGCCCUCGGCCACGACGAGGAGCGCGUCGCCUUCGUCCUGGACGAGGGCUCGUUCAUUACGCGCGACGUGCGGGGCGUGCGCGCGCCCGUGGCGCACAUGGCCGUCACCGAGAAGGGCUACCUGGACGUCAAGAUGACGGCGCGCGGCCGGCACCCGGUGCGGCUAGCCGGCGGCCCCUCGCUGGAGCAGUUCCGUGCGCUGGCGUCGCUCGCCUCGCCUCUGUUCCGGCUCAUCUACGCCAACAUAGCGCUGCUCGCGCCCGUCUUGGUCUGGGGCCUGAGGAAAAAGCCGGCCUUCCUGCCGCUUUUUCAGACGACGACGGCGGUGACCAUCGUCAAGGGCGGCUACAAGGAAAACGUGGUGCCCGGGGAGGCGACGGCGGUCAUCAAUCACCGCAUCAUGCCGGGCGAGACGAAGGAAGACGUUCUGGAGCGCGACCGCCGCGCCAUCUCGGAUCCCAACGUUCAACUAGAGGUCCUGCACUACAAGGCACCGGCGCUGACGUCGCGGUUCGAUGAAGAGGCGCCCGUGCUCGGUCUGCUCGCUGCAACCGUCCAGCAAAUCCACGGUGAAGAUGUGGGAGCGGCACCCACCGUCCUGGUCGGCAGCACCGACUCCAUCUACUACCAGGGUAUCACAGACACCGUCAUACGGUUCGACCCCAUCGUUUUGUCCAGUAGUGAAGCGAAGAUGAUGUUCCAUGGAAAGGAUGAGAAGAUCUCCAUAGAGAACUACCACAACUGCAUCCAGUUUUAUUACAAGCUGAUGAAAAACCUGGAGUGCCCGGCAGUCAUCAGCAAGCUUCCCUGA